CGCCCUCCCUCCACCCCCCCCAUUCAUUUUCGUUCGCUGGUUCUUGCGAGAUUCUCUCGGCCGCCGAGAUUUCUAAGCUUUAAGCCUCGUCUCUCGAAAUGGGUAAGGAAAAGGUUCACAUCAACAUCGUGGUCAUUGGCCAUGUCGACUCUGGUAAAUCGACUACCACUGGACACUUGAUUUACAAGCUUGGAGGAAUUGACAAGCGUGUGAUCGAGAGAUUUGAGAAGGAAGCUGCUGAGAUGAACAAGAGAUCAUUCAAGUACGCCUGGGUGCUCGACAAGCUCAAGGCUGAGCGUGAGCGUGGUAUUACCAUUGAUAUUGCCUUGUGGAAGUUCGAGACCACCAAAUACUACUGCACCGUCAUUGAUGCUCCCGGACAUCGUGACUUUAUCAAGAACAUGAUUACUGGAACCUCCCAGGCUGACUGUGCUGUCCUCAUCAUUGAUUCCACCACCGGUGGUUUUGAAGCUGGUAUCUCCAAGGAUGGCCAAACCCGUGAACAUGCUCUCCUCGCCUUCACACUCGGUGUGAGGCAAAUGAUUUGCUGCUGUAACAAGAUGGACGCCACCACCCCCAAGUACUCCAAGGCUAGGUAUGAUGAAAUUGUUAAGGAAGUCUCUUCUUACCUGAAGAAGGUGGGAUACAACCCUGACAAGAUUCCUUUUGUCCCCAUCUCCGGAUUUGAGGGAGACAACAUGAUCGAGAGGUCUACCAACCUCGACUGGUACAAGGGCCCAACAUUGCUCGAUGCCCUGGACAUGAUUAAUGAGCCCAAGAGGCCAUCUGACAAGCCCCUCCGUCUCCCACUUCAGGACGUGUACAAGAUUGGUGGUAUCGGAACUGUCCCUGUUGGUCGUGUUGAGACCGGUGUCCUUAAGCCUGGUAUGGUGGUCACUUUUGGUCCCACUGGGUUGACUACUGAAGUCAAGUCCGUGGAGAUGCACCAUGAGGCUCUCCAGGAGGCCCUUCCGGGUGACAACGUUGGGUUUAACGUGAAGAACGUUGCUGUCAAGGAUCUCAAGCGUGGAUUCGUUGCAUCCAACUCGAAGGAUGAUCCUGCCAAGGAGGCAGCCAACUUUACAUCCCAAGUUAUCAUCAUGAACCACCCUGGCCAGAUUGGAAAUGGUUAUGCCCCUGUUCUUGACUGCCACACCUCCCACAUUGCCGUCAAGUUUGCCGAGCUGUUGACCAAGAUCGACAGGCGAUCAGGUAAGGAGCUUGAGAAGGAGCCGAAGUUCUUGAAGAAUGGCGAUUCUGGGAUGGUGAAGAUGAUUCCUACCAAGCCCAUGGUUGUUGAGACUUUCUCGGAGUAUCCUCCACUUGGUCGUUUCGCCGUGAGGGACAUGCGCCAGACCGUCGCUGUUGGUGUCAUCAAGAGUGUCGACAAGAAGGAUCCCUCCGGUGCUAAGGUCACGAAAUCUGCUGCCAAGAAGGGUGGCAAGUGAAUCGUGCGGUCCACCAUUGGCACUUCAACAUUUGAGCACCGUCUCUGCAGUGGGAGUAAUAAAGCUUUGGUAGUGUUUGGCUAUGUCCAUGUUGGUCGGGUAGGCGAAUGGUUUGCUGGUUGUGGUCUCGCGUCCCUGUCCUCAUCGAGUUGCUGGUUGCAGAACUGGGUGCUUGAUAGGCGGUGGCAGCGCUGUGCUACUUCUACGAGUCUGUGUUGAGUCUUUCUUUUACGUGUUUUACUAUCUUUUGGGGGCCAAACAAUUGUGUGGUUUUUGAGUCUGCUUUGCUUUCUGGUUAUUGGUAUCGUCAAACAUUCUGUGGUCUCAUUCUGUUGAAGUGCAGUGCAUUAGAGAUUGGUGUGCUCCUGUGCUCUAUUAUAUACCAUCUGCAUGCUUUUACCGA